GUUCACAUCACCAUUAUGGACAACAACGACAACACUCCCAUAUUCUCCCAACCGACCUAUGAUGUCACUAUUUCUGAAGACACGCCCCCUGACACUGAAGUGGUCCAGGUUCUGGCGUCGGACCGGGAUGAGCAUCACCAGCUGACCUACUCUCUGCAGAGCUCCAUAGACCCCAGUAGCAUGCGCCUGUUCCGCAUCCACUCCAGCCUUGGUACUAUCUACACCACCCAGAGGCUGGACCACGAGGCCUGCGCCCAGCACAUCCUGACUGUCCUUGUAAAGGACCAAGAGUUCCCAUACAGAAAGAACCUGGCUCGUGUGCUAGUAGAAGUGGAAGAUAUCAAUGACCAUGUACCAAUCUUUACCAGUGCGCUUUAUGAAGGCUCAGUCUACGAGUCAGCAGCAGUGGGAUCAGCUGUGGUUCAGAUUACAGCCUUGGACAAAGACAAGGGCGAGAAUGCAGAGCUACACUACUCCAUUGAAACAGGAAACACUGGAAAUGCUUUCCAUAUUGAACCAGUUCUGGGCAUAAUCACUGUUGCACGGGACUUGGACUUGUCCAGCAUAGGCUAUUAUGUUCUUACCAUCAGAGUCACUGACAAUGGCUCUCCUCCCCUGUCCACCACCACUAUAGUGCGCAUAGCUGUCACUCUCUCUGAUAAUGCCGGACCAAAGUUCCCCCAGCCUGAAUACCAUGCUGAAAUCACAGAAAACGCUGUGGUUGGGACCUCUGUCAACACAGUCAGUGCAGUCAGCCAGUCCACCCUCACUUAUGACAUAAAGAAGGGCAACGCAGGUCGUGUCUUUCAGAUAAAUCAGUACAGUGGAGUGAUUACUACUCAAAAGACUCUAGACUAUGAGACUACAGCAUCUUACACCUUGAUAGUCCAGGCUACAAACAUGGCUGGCAUGGCCUCCAAUGCUACUCUGUUGAUCCAGGUAGUGGAUGAGAAUGAUAACCCACCAGUUUUCCAGCAGCUUCACUAUCAUGGCAGCAUCAGUGAGGCAGCACCAGUCAACAGCGUGGUCCUGAACUCAGAUGAUUCACCUCUCGUAAUUAAGGCCACUGAUACUGACCACAACCAAAAUGCUCUUUUGGUCUACCAGAUUGUCGAGGACACUGCAAAAAUGUUCUUCACAGUGGAUUCUGGGACUGGAUCUAUCAGAACAAUAGCUAAUCUUGACCAUGAGACAUUUGCCACCUUCCACUUCCAUGUCCAUGUGAGGGACAAUGGCAGGCCACAGUUGACAGCAGACAGUCCAACAGAGGUCACAAUACAAGUCAUUGACACAAAUGAUUCACCACCUCGCUUUACCCAGGAUGCCUAUGAGACAGUACUGUUACUUCCCACCUACGUGGGAGUGGAAGCUCUGCAGGUUUCAGCCAUAGACCCUGACAAAGAUGUCCCUUCAGAGCUCACCUACUCUCUGACUGAUGGUGUGCUGGAGCACUUUGCCAUCAAACCUUCCAGUGGAGUCAUCACAGUCAAAAACAACAACUUCUCCAAAGAACGUUUUCGCUUCAGUGUCAAAGUUUCCGAUGGGACAUUUUCCAGCACAUCUUUAGUUACCAUUCUGGUCCGAGAGGCUCUGGACUCUGGUCUCAGCUUCUCUCAGACCCUUUACUCUACAUCUAUUCAAGAGAAUGUAUCUAAUAUCACCAAAGUGGCUGUUGUCAACGCUGUGGGAAACCGUCUAAAUGAACCAUUGAAGUACACCUUGUUAAAUGCUGGGACAAGUUUCAUAAUUCGUCCAACUUCUGGUGUGAUCCAAACCACAGGUAUACCCUUUGACCGUGAAGAGCAAGAGUUCUAUGAACUGGUCGUUGAGGCCAGAAGGGAGCACGACCGUCUGCACGUGGCAAGGGUUAUGGUCAGAGUCCAAGUUGAGGACAUAAAUGAUAAUUCCCCUGUGUUUGUUGGACUGCCUUAUUAUGCAGCUGUUCAAGUAGAAGCUGAGCCAGGAUCACCCAUUUUCAGGGUCAUGGCGGUAGAUGGAGACAAAGGCAUUAAUGGAGAGGUGUCUUACUAUCUAAAGGAAAACCAUGAUCACUUUGAUAUCAACCAGCUGACAGGUGGUCUAAGCCUCAAGAGGGCUUUUGAGUCUGACCUGUCUAAUAUGGAAUAUCAGAUGGUGAUAUAUGCCAGAGAUGGUGGUUAUCCACCCCUCUCAUCUACCAUAGAGUUCCCCAUCACAGUUGUCAACAAAGCCAUGCCUGUCUUUGACAAACCAUUUUAUUCUGUUUCUGUGAACGAGGAUGUUGCUGUGCAGACACCUAUUCUCGGCAUCAACGCCACUAGUCCUGAAGGUCAAAGCAUUAUCUACACCAUAGUUGAUGGAGACCCAUCUUUACAGUUUGACAUUGGUUUUGAUACUGGAGUCGUAAGCGUCAUCCACUCUUUGGACUACGAAGCAGCAUCGUCUUAUCAUCUGACCAUCAGAGCCACAGAUUAUCUGACCGGUGCCCGUGCUGAGGUGGCUGUAAAUGUGGUUGUCCAGGAUGUAAACGAUAACCUACCAAUCUUCCAAAAAAUGUCCUACAGGGUCAUUUUGUCGGAAACAGCCAUGAUUGGAACUCCAGCACUUCAAGUUAUUGCCACUGACAAAGACUCAGAUAAAAACAAUGUUGUUCGUUACCAGAUCUUCUCAGAUGUGCACAACAGAACAGACUACUUUCAUAUUGAUAGCAGCAGUGGAUUAAUCCUGACAGCACGUAUGCUGGACCAUGAACUCGUCCAAAAGUAUGACUUCAUUGUCAGGGCCACUGAUAAUGGCUUCCCCCCAUUGAGUAGUGAAGUAUCAGUCAUAGUUGUAGUUAAUGACAUGAACGACAAUCCACCAGUUUUCAAUCAGCUACUCUAUGAGGCAUAUGUGAAUGAGUUAGCACCCAGGGGUCACUUUGUAACCUGUGUCCAGGCCUCAGAUGCCGACAGCUCUGAUUUUGACAAGUUGGAAUACAGCAUUUUGUCAGGAAAUGAAAGAAUGAACUUUAUGAUGGACAAAAAAACAGGAGUCAUCACAUUGUCCAGCCACCUUAAGCAAAGAAUGGAGCCUGCCUACAGCCUCAACGUUUCAGUGUCUGAUGGGGUGUUCACCAGCACCGCACAGGUCCAUGUCAAGGUGUUGGGGGCCAACCUGUUUAGUCCUGUGUUUGGACAGAACAUGUACGAGGCAGAGUUAAGAGAAAAUUCUGCGGUGGGAACCAAAGUUAUACAAGUAAAGGCAACGGACGCAGACCCUGGAGUGUUUGGUCACAUCACUUUUUCAUUUGUAAAUGAUGUGGGAAACGACCAAUUUAACAUUGAUGCAAAUGGCCAGAUCACCACUGUAGAAAAGCUUGACCGUGAGGACCCAACCAAUAAGGACAUUGUUUUGACAGUGGCAGCCCAGGACUCAGGAGGACGUGUCUGUUACUGUACAGUACACGUUACUCUGUUGGAUGAUAAUGAUAAUGUUCCUCGCUUCCGUGCUACCGAGUACCGAGCUUCAGUGAAAUCUAAUGUAGCUAAAGGGUUUAUGGUGACACAAAUUCAGGCUUAUGAUUCUGAUGAUGGCACGAAUGCCAAAGUAACAUAUUCACUUUACAGUGAGGCCCAUGUCCCUGUGGUAGACAUUUUGGAGAUAGACCCAGACAAUGGAUGGAUGGUGACUAAAGGCAGCUUCAGCCACUUGAGGAACUCCGUUUUAUCUUUUUUUGUGAAGGCAGUUGAUGGAGGUAAUCCAGUACGGCACUCUUUAGUGUCUGUCUACAUCCAUGUUCUUUCUCCAGAUGCCUUCAUUCCUUCCUUUAGCCAACAUCAAUACUUAUUUAGCCUACCAGAGGAUACCCCCAUAGGUUCAGCCAUAGGGACGGUGCACCUUAACACUUCUCCUGGACAUGCCUUGCUCUCAGCUACCUUUGCCCUGGUCAACGGAGAGAUGGGAGAAAACAACCAAGAUGGGAUGUUUGUGGUGGAAAAGGAUACAGGUGUGAUCAAGCUUGAUAAACCCUUGGACCAUGAGGUGAUAAAAGGUUACCAUUUCAAAGUCACUGCCAUUGUACAACAGGCUAAGCUGGAUUCUGUCACUUCUGUUGAUAUUGAAAUCAAAGUCUUAGAUCUAAAUGACAACAAACCAGCUUUUGAAGCCAAUUCAUAUGAGGCCACAGUUAUGGAGGGAAUGACAAUUGGAACCAGAAUCAUUCAAGUCCAAGCAUUAGACCCAGACUCAGGGGCAAAUGGCCAGGUAACAUAUAGUCAUGGGACAUUAAUCCAGUCAGAAGCGGAAUCAGACGCAUUGGUUGGAACCUUUAGCAUUGACAGUAACACAGGCUGGAUCUCCACACGCAAGGACCUGGACCACGAGACGAAUCCAUCCUACACAUUCACAGUGAUUGCCUCUGACCUUGGGGAGACCUUAUCUCUUUCCAGUACAAUCACUGUGACCGUAGCAGUAUCAGACAUCAAUGACAAUCCGCCCAUGUUCCUGGAGCAACGCUACUUUGGUUCAGUUCAGGAGAGCGACCCACCAGGCCAGGUGGUGGCUGUGCUGAACACCAGAGAUGAUGACAGCUCUGCUGUUAACCGUCAAGUCAGCUACCACAUCACUGGUGGAAACUAUCGUGGUGUGUUUGCACUGGGUCUGGUUCAGGGUGAAUGGAAGAUGUAUGUGAAGUGGCCCCUGGACAGGGAGGAACGCAACCUCUACAUCAUCAAUGUCACUGCUAGCGAUGGACUCUUUGUUUCCCAGGCAACGGUGGAGGUGACAGUGAUAGACACCAAUGACAAUAGCCCCAUCUGUAACCAGGCUGUACACACUGCCUCUGUUCCAGAGGACCUUCCAGUCAACAGUGUGCUGCUGAAGGUUGGGGCUACAGAUGCAGAUGUAGGCAUCAGUUCCUGGAUCCAGUACUCCUUACAUGGUCCUGGAUCCCAGGACUUCAUCAUGGACCCAGACACCGGUGAGGUCAAGUCAUCUACGACUCUCGACCAUGAGAUGACACCCUACUACCGGCUAGUUGCCCAGGCAACUGAUGGUGGUGGGCGAUGGUGCCGUGCUGAGGUGCAUCUGGACGUUACUGAUGUGAAUGACAACCCGCCCAUAUUCACGUCGACACACUACACCGCCAGCGUGUACGAAGAUACCGCCCCCAAAGCCCUGCUCACCCGCAUCCAGGCCAUAGACCCUGAUGAAGCAGGUCCCGGUCGUAUGGUGACUUACUCCCUGUCUGAGUCUGCAGGAGGCUCCUUCUCUAUCGAUAAGUCCUCUGGCAUUGUGGUCCUUGAACGCAUUUUGGACCGGGAGGUUCAACCAGCCUAUCAGAUAGUAGUCCACGCGUCUGACCAGGGUUCACCACUGCCCCUCUCCUCAUUGGUCAACGUCACCAUCACUGUGCUGGACAUCAACGACAACCCGCCUGUGUUUGAGCGCCGCGAUCAGCUGGCAACAGUGCCCGAGGACGUGGGAGUGGGGACGGAGGUUCUGAGGGUCUACGCUGCCAGCAAGGACAUCGGGACCAACGCUGAGAUCACUUACAGUAUCCGAUCAGGCAACGAGCACGGGAAGUUCCACAUCCACCCACUCACUGGUGCCAUUUUAGUGGCCCAGCCUCUGGACUAUGAGACCUGCAGGGACUACUUCCUGACCGUGGAGGCUCGUGAUGGCGGCACACCACCGCUUAGCGCCAUCACAACAGUGAACAUAAACCUGACAGAUGUCAACGACAACGCACCGAUGUUCAGCCGUGAGCUGUACACUGCAGUGGUGUCUGAGGAUGCUACCACCGGAGAGUCUGUGGUCCAG